UCCAAAUCCAAGUCAUCAGAUUCAGCGGGAAUUCGCCGACACGCGUAUUUCUCAUCACACUAACCAAUCUCCGGCCGCCGCCGCCGACGAUGGCUGAACCAAUCGCCUCCAACCAAUUAGUGCAGCCUCCUCCAAAACCGCGACCUAAGCGCUUCGUGAAGAACCAAAUCCCCGACUCCCUCCUCAACGACGCCGCGCUCAACGCCGCCAUCUCCCUCCUCCCAGCCAACUACAAUUUCGAGAUUCACAAAAUUAUCUGGCGCGCGCGCUCCUCCAACGCCACCCGCGUCGCUCUCCAGUUCCCGGAGGGCCUCCUCAUGUACUCGCUCGUCAUCUCCGACAUCCUCGCCACCUUCGCCGCCGUCACCCACUGCUUCAUCCUCGGCGACGUCACCUACGGCGCCUGCUGCGUCGACGACCUCUCCGCGCGCGCGCUCGACGUCCACCUCCUCGUCCACUUCGGCCACAGCUGCCUGGUACCCAUCGAUUCCACCACCGUCCCCGUGCUCUACAUCUUCGUCGAGAUCGCAAUCAACACGCGGAAGCUCCUCCACGAGCUCAAUUUCAAUUUCAGCCCUGAUCAGAUCAGUAAUUUUGUCAUGGCUGGAACUAUUCAAUUUUCCAAUGCGAUCCGUGUGGUGAAGCCGGAGCUGGAGAAAUUAGGGUUUAGGGUUUUGAUUCCGCAAUCGAAGCCCCUUUCUGCGGGAGAAGUCCUCGGGUGCACUGCACCGAGCGUGAAGAUACAAGACUGUGCGGGAAAGGAUAAUGUGAUUAUAUUUGUGGCGGAUGGAAGGUUCCAUUUGGAGGCGUUUAUGAUUGCAAAUCCGGAUAUAAAGGCUUUUAGAUAUGAUCCUUAUUUGGGGAAGCUGUUCUUGGAGGAGUAUGAUCACGUGGGGAUGAAGGAGAAUAGGAGAAAGGCAAUAGAGAGAGCAAAGGGGGCGAAAACUUGGGGUAUUGUAUUGGGGACGUUAGGCAGGCAAGGGAAUGCUGCUGUGUUGAACAGGUUGGAAGGGAAAAUGAGGGAUAAAGGUUUGGAUUUUAUGGUGGUUUUGAUAUCCGAAUUGUCGCCUAAGAAGAUUGAGCUGUUCGGGGAUGCAGUGGAGGCUUGGGUUCAGAUUGCAUGUCCCAGACUGUCUAUUGAUUGGGGCGAUGCGUUUAAGAAGCCGUUGUUGACAUCCUUUGAGGCUGAGAUUGCACUCGGGGAUUUGCCUGGGUGGUGGGAGAGAAAAUUAGAGUCUAGUGACAGUUCAGAAUGUGGCCAGAAUGAAGGUUGUUGUGGAAAUGGCAAUAUGCAAAAGGGUGUGGAUUAUCCAAUGGAUUAUUAUGCACAGGAUGGAGGGGAUUGGAAUUCUUCUUACUCAAAGAAGCUUGCUCGUAAUCGUGGGAAAAAAGAUCAGUGUUGCAAUGGAAAUAGUGUGAGAUGUUAAAAUAUUUGGAUGAGAUUAAAGAUAGAACAUCAUGUCAUAGUUAUACCUCAGUUUUCGUUUGUAUCUUUUAACAUUAUUGUUGAUAUCGGGAAUGAGUUUUGUUCCGGCCUAUAUCCAUUUGUUAUAAAAUUAUGUUUAUGCUCA